UACCCUACAUUGCUGACAUCCUUGGCUCUCACAGCCCCGCUCCUGGACUCUGCCCCAGAAAGCUGUGGGUUGCUUCUCCCUGGGCUAGUGUUGGACCCAUGUCUGUGCCAGGGCCUCAGGGAGGCCUCUGGGUCUACGCUCAGCUCAGCGCCUUGGCCUCGGGCACAGCAGGAAGCUUCGAGGGACAGAGCCACGAACCCCCUCAACAAGGAGCUGAACUGGGCCAGCAUCAACGGCUUCUGUGAGCAACUCAACCAGGACUUUGAGGGGCCUCCACUUGCCACCCGGCUAUUGGCCCACAAGAUCCAGUCCCCGCAGGAGUGGGAGGCGAUUCAGGCUCUGACGGUGCUGGAAACAUGCAUGAAGAGCUGCGGCAAGAGGUUCCACGAUGAGGUGGGCAAGUUCCGCUUUCUCAACGAGCUCAUCAAGGUUGUGUCUCCCAAGUACCUGGGCUCUCGGACAUCAGAGAAGGUGAAGAACAAGAUCUUAGAGCUGCUCUACAGCUGGACGGUCGGCCUGCCCGAGGAAGUGAAGAUUGCCGAGGCCUACCAGAUGCUCAAGAAGCAGGGGAUAGUCAAGUCCGACCCCAAGCUUCCAGAUGACGCCAUCUUUCCCCAUCCUCCUCCUCGGUCCAAGAAUGUCAUCUUCGAAGAUGAGGAGAAAUCCAAGAUGCUGGCCCGCCUGCUGAAGAGCUCCCACCCGGAGGACCUCCGAGCGGCCAACAAACUCAUCAAGGAGAUGGUGCAAGAGGACCAGAAGCGGAUGGAGAAGAUCUCGAAGCGGGUGAGCGCCAUUGAGGAGGUGAACAACAAUGUGAAACUGCUGACGGAGAUGGUGAUGAGCCACAGCCAGGGCGGUGCUGCAGCCCAGAGCAGUGAGGACCUUAUGAAGGUGCGCCUGUCUCCACCCUGUCCCAGUCCACUCAGCGACCCUGCAGCCCUGACCUGCCCACCCUACUGCCCCCAGGAACUGUACCAGCGCUGUGAGCGGAUGCGACCCACACUCUUCCGACUGGCCAGUGACACAGAGGACAAUGACGAGGCCUUAGCGGAGAUCCUGCAGGCCAACGACAACCUCACCCAGGUGAUCAACCUGUACAAGCAGCUGGUGCGGGGCGAGGAGGUCAACGGAGAUGCCGCUGCCGGCUCCAUCCCUGGGAGCACCUCGGCCCUGUUGGACCUCUCAGGCCUGGAUCUCCCUCCUUCAGGCACCACCUACCCAGCCGUGCCCACCUGCCCUGUCACCCAGGCCAGCCCCGAGCAGCCCAGCGCCUCCGUUUCCCUGCUUGAUGAUGAGCUCAUGUCUCUGGGCCUCAGUGACCCCACACCACCCUCAGGCCCAAGCUUGGAUGGUGCUGGAUGGAACAGCUUCCAGUCAUCUAAUGGCGCCGAACCCCCCGCCCCCGCUCCAGCACCCAGCACGGACAGUUGGCACCCCGUUCAGACAUCCCUGCCAGCGAGCAGUGGUCUGGAUGACCUGGACCUCCUGGGGAAGACCCUGCUACAGCAGUCACUGCCCCCGGAGUCCCAACAAGUGCGGUGGGAGAAGCAGCAGCCCGCCCCCCGGCUCACGCUCCGGGACCUGCAGAAUAAAAGCAGCGGCGGCUCACCCAGCGCCAGUGCCGCCAGCCUCCACAGCACGUCGCCUGAGCCCCUGGGGCCUCUGCAGCAGCCCACACAGACUGAGCUCUCGCUGGCCAACAUCACUGUGCCCCUGGAGUCCAUCAAGCCCAGCAGCAUCUUGCCGGUGACCGUGUACGACCAGCAUGGCUUCCGGGUCCUUUUCCACUUCGCCCGAGACCCGCUGCCUGGGCGCUCCGACGUGCUGGUCGUGGUGGUUUCCAUGCUGAGCACCGCCCCCCAGCCCAUCCGCAACAUCGUUUUCCAGUCAGCUGUCCCCAAGGUCAUGAAAGUGAAGCUGCAGCCCCCCUCAGGCACGGAGCUGCCGGCGUUCAACCCCAUCGUCCACCCCUCAGCUAUCACCCAGGUCCUGCUCCUCGCCAACCCCCAGAAGGAGAAGGUUCGCCUCCGCUACAAGCUCCUCUUCACCAUGGGCGACCAGACCUACAACGAGAUGGGGGAUGUGGACCAGUUCCCCCCACCCGAGACCUGGGGGAGCCUCUAGAACAGAGAGGGGAGGGGAGAGGAGGAGGGGGCAACGGGACUGGCCACUGGCUAGCCUGGGCAGGAGGCUGUGGUGGCCUAGGACACCCUUUGUCCCCAUGGCCAUAUCCCCUGUGCCUGGUGCUUCUUCCCUCACCCCUGUGCCCCUCCUUCCUUAUCCCCUCCCCUGCUGAGCCAAACCCAGCGGGAGGCUGGGCCUGGGUUUGCACUGCUGGGGACGUCACCACAGGUGGGAGCCUGCCGCAGGGAAGGGCUGUGGCCCUGGAAGGACUUGGGUCCUUGGAAGAAGCAUGGCUGCCGGGCAAGGGCCAGGACCUCAGGCCCAGCCCCGACCCCAGCCUGGGGUGGGGUCAUCCCCGCCCAUCUCUUAUGCCUUAUGGGAAGGCCCAGCCAUAACUUGGAGCCAUGCUGGAGCCAGGGACCAGCUCAGGCCUCCUCCAUAGGAACUGGGUAACUAUGGGGGGGGGGGGUGAUGCCUGCACCCCCAGCUGUUUGCACUCUCUGGUGUGUGGUUUGACUCAGCUUUUAUUUCUGAGUGGCCCUGUGGUCACCAUCUCAGGGGGCCCAGUUGGGGGAGCCCCACCUGUCUCCUCCUCCUCCUGGGGGUCUCCCUCUAUGGGCCUGGCUCCUUUGCUCUCAGGCCUCCUGAGCAGCUGUGGGGGCCAUGCAACUGGCCCAAGGGUAAUGCGAGAGGCAGGUGGCCCCACUGGGGGCCCCGGGACUUCUGGCCAAGGGAGGGCCUACACUGGUCCUCAGAGUCCCCUUCAUUCCUGGGCCUCUGCUGGGCCUCCUGUGGUGUCUCGCCUCUGUCCAUCUGUUAUGGGCAGGAGUGGUCAGUGUGUGAGUGAGAGCAGGAGUAUUUAUGGAAAUAAAAUGUCCUUUUUCCUGGA